GGAGAUAAUCCGUGUCGGGUAGAAACAGGUGUCUGCCUCAGUACAAUGGAAGAUGGUUGCGCAACUUCGUGGAUUGGAUGAGGUUAGACAUUAACACCAUUGGAUGCCUGAUCAGUGGUCCAGUAGGUUAAGCGUUCGUACGCCAGACUGAAUAUACUGGGUUCGAAUCCCGCGGGCGGGAUCGUGGAUGCACACUGCUGAGGAGUUCCACGGUAUGACGAAUUGGUCGUCCAGUGCUUCCAGGUUUUCAAUGGUGGUCUAACAUCAAUCGGUUCAUGAUCUCAAACUUAACAAUCUCCAUAACCCCUAAACUGAUAUUCAAAAACAGUUUGUUCUCACCUUAAACUCAUCCUGUUAAUAUUGGCUUAUUAUCCAGAGUGAUUAGGUUUCAAAUUAUGUUCACAUUAUGAUUAUCCUUGUCUCCUUUCACCCGAUUUCCAGUCUGGUUGACCUUCUAUUUUUUAUAUAUAAAUGUCCUUAACAAGUAUAUGUGUGAUCAGAUUGUUCGAAAUGUAUUACGUUAAUAUAUCACAUAGUUCUGAUAAUCUUCGUCUUCUUGUUACAUUAUCAAAAUUUAUCAAAGGGACUAAUUGCUUUAAAUUUCUUUAAAGAAGACUCUCCGCACAUGUUUAUCAUGUGUUUGAACGGUAUAAUGUUUGAAAUAUUUAUUUCUUUGAUUAUCUAAUAAACUGUGGUGAUUCACAUCAGAAAUUAUUACUGAAAUCAUUACAGAAAUUCAAUAGUCUCAUAAUGCUUUAUGAUUUCUACUAAUAUAUGAUAAACUAUAAAUUUCAUAAGAGAUUAUUCUUAUUUGAGCCGACUGUAUAUUUAAUUCUCGAUUUAUGUAGUUCAGGUUUAGUCAAAUAAUAAAGGGAAUUGAUUUUAUUACUAGUAGUAUUAUCAGAAUGUAACUAACGUCUCUUCAAAUUACGUUUUUGAGAUGGUGUAACGAGUUGAGAUUGUACCAAAAAAUCAAUUUGUUAGUUUUUAUAUUCUCACUAAUUAAUAUUUGAAAUCAGUGACACUUUAGCUUACUGGAUAAUAAUCUCAGAUUGAGAACCAUAGUUAAUGUGUAGGAAUCACAGUUAGAAUGUCAGCGUAAAUUUAAUUAUAGGCAACUGAAAAUUUAGAAAAUGAAUUACCGACUACCAUUCAAAUGAUAAUUACUCGAUUUUAUUCGGUGUAACUGGAUAUUUCAAGCAUUAAAUAAGAAUUAUAAUUUCAUUAAUUUCCUUCUUCUUCACAAAUUAUAAAUUUAGUCACUGAAAGCGAACAGAUCAAAUUGUUGAACAAUGAAGAUUAUAUGGACAUAAAGGUAACAUUUUAAAAAUAAUUCUAGUAACAUUCCACGUAGUGUAUCAAUUAUUUUUUGAGAGUCCCCGUAUAUUUUAAUAGGUAAGAUCGUGAGUCAGUUGAAGCUAGAUCACCAUGGAACAUCUAAAUGCACUGGGAGGCUGUUUCGUCCUACUGUGGAACUCUCCAUCAGUGGGCAUGCACGAUCCUGCCUCACGAUAUAUAUAUUAGCAUAAAAAUAAUUCUUGUUCUUUGACAUCUAUACAGUCAUAUUUGCGUGAGAUGGGGUCUAUUUAUAUUCCAGAUUCAUCAAAUAAUCAAGAUGAUUACAUUUCUUAAUUGUUAUGCAAAUCGAUUAAAUUUGAAAAUUAGGCCGGUCAGAAUCCAGUUAAGUGAGUAAAUGAUAUCUUGUUAGCUGUGAGAUCUAAGAGGUUUGCGUUUGACAUAGUGUAUAAUCAUGAAUAUGUACUACUUAGAAGAUACAGAUUAAUACAGAACAAAUUCAAAUUUAGAAAUAUUCUUCAUUUAAUUUUACUUUAUGUAACAAACUGUUUUCGAAAAACAUGAAUGCUAUAAUUGGAAUUCUCUGAGUGUAGUAAAUAACAGCAAAUAAGAUGAAUUAAUAAAUCCUUGAAGAAAUCCCAAUGACUAAGAUCGGUUGUUUGAAAGUAGAUAUGUGUAGAUCACAAUGAAGACUAAAAUAAUGUAGUAGAAAAAUUGAGUCGAACUAACCUCCCGUAGGACUGAGAAGUAUUUACAACUGACUGAUCACUGGCUAAUGAUCAAUGUUGUGUGUAUCGGGUCCUUCUUAGUGCGGAUAGAUUUUUAUUCAUCACGUUGCAAUCUAACAUUAUUAUAUUAAAAUGUAAGGUAGUGGCUGGAGGUGGUCGACAGGAACUCGUGUAUCUACAGGGAGACAGUCGCAUCCCGGAUGGCUAAACGGCAACGUGUAUGACUGACAAGCCGGUUGAUAUGAGAUUAAAUCCGCUAGGGAGCAUCAGUUUCCGCCAAGGUUACAGGUACGCUUUGCUGACGAAUGCACCAUCUUACAUAUCAACAUAGUGCAUGCAAUCUCGAGUCACCUAGACUGAUGACCACAAUGCAACUUGUUCGAUAGAAUUUGAUUUUCAAUAAGAAGUAUUUGGCACAUACAACAUUGGUCACUACCCAGUGGUCAAUCAAUUUUAAAAACCAGUAUAUACUUAGUUCUUUAAUUAUCUGUUCAAAAUCCCUAACCACUUUUAUGAUCAGUCACUGAUUGAGACGAAAUAUUUUGUGAGUUCGAUUUCCAAUAAUAACAUUUCUAGUACUCUGAAUAAAACACAAUAAUUUUAAUUUUUUUAAUGACAAAUUAAUAGGAAACCACAAAUAAAAUUCGUUCACAUUUGGAUUACCUUCAUAAACAUGAAAGUCAACAUUUAAAGAUUUUGGAAGAAAUUAAAACGGUAAAACUAGAGGAUAGUCGACUUAAGAAUCAAAUAAACCAGCUACUACUUUAGUUCCGCCACAUAAACGAAACGUCUAAACUACUUAAUAAUGUAAUGGACAAAGUUAUUCUACUUAAAAGAUUUAACUGCAUGCACCCGACUACCAGGUUGAUACCAUAAGAAGAAUGUAAUGGAAGUAUGUCAUUUUUAGACAUCUCGUUAACAAGGAGAUUGAAUGGAGCAUUAGAAAGAAAUGUAUAUCGAAAAUCAACAUCAAUUGGUCAAUACACUCUCUUUUACAAUUCUUUAAGUCUCAUCUACAAAAGUAACAUAGUGAUGAGUUUAACACAAUGAGGAAAUUACUUGCUUUGAUGAUGCUAUUGAAGGUAAGCUGAGUACUAUCCACGACUUACAUAACAUGAACGUUUAUCCAUUAAGUUUAUCAAUAAGCACAUACCACAAGACAAGACAAAGUCAGAGAAACCACGUUUCUUAAAAGAAGUCGAUUUUCCUAAAGUCUAAAUUACUAAACAAGUCUUCCAACUAAUAAGUAAUACGUCGAAUAAGAAAAGUUGUACGAAGAACAUUCAGUGCAACAUACCAUAUUUUAUAACCGACCGACAAUUGGAACCAGAAAUAAUAACGAACAUCUCUCUUUUGGAACCAGUCACCUUGGUUGAACCAUUACUCAAAUCCAUCACAAUAUUUCUGAACAUUUUCCUACCUGACUAAGUAAAAGAAAAACUAGUAAUAUCAAUUAAGAGCCCUAUACUGGUUCAUUUAGUUGAUGAUUUUUCUUAUGUAGCUGUAAUAUUCCCUUCAUGAUCAUUUACUUGUUGUUAAUAUUAAACUUCUUAUUAAAUAUUUUAUAAAUCCCAUUAUAAUCAAUUCUUCAACUUAAAAUUCUUUGUUACAUAACUCAUAUUGAAAUUGUACUUAUCAACUAAUGUAAUGUAUUCUAUUACUAUCAAUCCUGAAAUGAAACACCCUAAUUUGUUCAUUUAUAAAGAAAACUUUUAAUUAUUUUGUUAGUCAUUUACAAUCACUAUAAUGAAUAACUAAAUUUGUAAACUUAUUAUCUAACACACUAUUACCUUAUCAACAAGAAAGACUAAAUCUACAAUUAGUUACAAUCAUUUAUAUCAUUAAGUAUAAAAGAAAAAUGUAUUAAAGUAUAAAGAUGUUUAAACAGUUAAGAUCAUGAGUCAAUUGAAGUUAGACCAUCAUGGAAAACCUGGAAGCUUCAAUUGACUCACGAUCUUAACUGUUUAAAUUACUACAAUCUCCAAAAAACCCCUUCUGAUACUAAUUGUAGAUCAUUAUUUUACUAUUAGUACUAUUAUUAUUUUUCUUUAACAGUCAUUAGAUUUUAUUAAACAAAAACGUACAACAAAUGAAAUCAUGACAAUACGAUCAUCUGUUAAUUCAAUUGAAACUAUACAGAAAAAUUUUAUUCAAGGGUUAAAAAUUUGUUUACAAAAUGGAGAUAUUAAUUAUAAAAACUUUCUUGAUCCAUUCAAAUUGUUAAUCAAUCGUCAAAUAGAAAUAUCAAAUUAUGUUAGCAAAAUUUCAAAACUUCUGAAAAAUUUAAAACCUGAAAAAUCAGAUACUCUAGAUAGUAAAUCACUGAAUUCAUAAUGUAUCUCAUUUUGUUUUCAAUUACUACUUCAUCACAAUAAUCCUCAAGAUGAUAAAAUUGUUCGAAGUUAAAUAAUGUGAAGUAUUGAGUGGGAAUUUGAUAGUUGAAAGAUUAAGUACUCUAUGUGAAACCUGAGUUCAACAGUCAAUGAAAUCAUGGAUCCCUGAUGCUGUUAAGUUUUAUACGGAUGUCUAUUACUUACUGGUCUUUGGUUGCUGUUUACCUACGAUCAGUUUAUGAUACAAACUGUGCAAUAGUAAAAUUUGUCCAAUUAAUUUUCAGUUAUGUAAAUCUAUUAAUUUAUACAAAGUGAUUGUUUCUAACAGUAGAUACAACCUAUUUCUCUUACUGAAGAAUUGUAUGAGGAAAAGAAACUUUCAAUAAUUAUCUAGUUCAUUUCUAAUAAUCUUUCGUAGGUUUAUUGUUGGUAAAUGUUUGUUCUUCAUAGUUAAGGUUGACUAGGGCAUCAUAUUCGAAACAUUUUACUUGGCUAUAAUAUUUUUAAAAUUAUAUAAUUACAUGUCAGUAUGGGAAAUGAAGUUUAAUAGGUUACAUCAGGUUUAACAAAUAAAUAAAUACGUACUGUUGUUAAACAAAUAUUCUACACAAGCUACCGUAAUAGAUAUUACAGUUGCGAUUGUGUUUAAAUAAAUUAAUUCUUCUUUAUGGAGUUACUUAAAUCUACUUUCGUUAAUAUAUGUGGUUAUUUAGAGAUAAUAAUCUGUUAUGCGCUAGUUUACAUUCAUCAUCAUGGUUUGUCGUUACUAUUGAUUAAACUGAUGCUCCCAAUAUAUAUUGGGGUAAUGUUAUCACAUCAUAAACAGAGACUUCAUCACUAAGUUAAGGAUGUGGCAACUGAUAUUUUGUUAAUAUUUUCUAGUUCAUGAGCACCUUACACGAAGAAGGAUGUAUUAGAACAUUGACUGACAAUGGUAAUUGUGUUGAAACAUGACUGACAGAGUUCGAAAACGUUUGAGUGAAUACUCAUUGAACUUAUUCGUUAAGUUAAAAAAGGUUUACCUUAACUACAAAGUUUUCAAUACCGACUCACUGAAGGUACAGGUGAUGAAAGACUUAACCCAAAUGAGAAUUUUUAGGUUAUAGGAAUGAAAUUGAAAAAAUUAGGUAUUAGUUUUAUUUCAUCAAAUAUAUGUCACGCGUAAGUGUUCUGUGGAAACAAAGCCAUAAAUGAAGUUUCCUUGAUAUCUUUUUUUCAAUUCUCAUCUAUUUUCUUCAAGUUAGACUUCAGGAGCCAACGACUUGGAUUACACAGACUGUUGAAAACAUAAAAACUUUAGUUCUGCUACUUGGUACAGAUUCACCUCAUUAUCCUGAACUUCAAAGAAUUUACAAAAGAUUACUGGAGGAAUCACUGAAUUCAAAUAAUAGUAUAGAAGAUAAGACGAUAAAUGAUUCCAAUCGUUUGAUUAUGCAUAGUUUAGUGGUUGAACUUACUUCUAAAACAAAUAGUCGUAAAUUGCGUUACCUAUUCCUGUUUAAAGAUGUACUUAUCUGCGCAAAAAUAAAGUUUACAAUGGGUUCAAGACAAAGGAUAUUACAUGAGAAUGCUUCACUGAGUGAGUCGCGAUUUCGGAGAAAAAGAUCUGGAAAAUUUUCUGCUCCUAGCUAUGAACUCGAAAUAAAGUGGUUUAUUUCAAUGGAAGAAAUGAGUUUGUUAUCUAAUUCAAGAGUUGGGAGUGAUGAUCGAGGUCGAUUACAAAACCAAAAAAAUCUAGAUGAACUGAAAGGCAUGGUUCGUAAUUUACGGCAAACAAUGAGUCGUAGUCUAGAGGAUAAACAUUCAUCCAAGAAUACAUCUAAAUUAACCAGUCUAAGUAAAUUAGAAGGUAAACUUGUUUUGGAAACACCGCAACUCAUAUUACCAAUCGCUGACAAAAGCGGUCGUAUUCAUAAUAUCCUUCUAUCAACUGAAAGAGAACGAACACACUGGCGAUCUGCUUUAGAACAAGUGUUAGAUAAACCGCCUCAUAAUACUGAUAAAUUUUAUUCUUUAAGACGUACUACUCCAGAAAAAAUAAGUACGGAUUAUUUUCAUUCACCAUCGCGAAGCCGUAGUUCAUCGAUUGGAGAUUUUAGCGAACGCCUAAAGAAAUAUAAACACAUGGUUAAAUUAAACGGAGUUGGUCUCUCAAUAAUUGAUAAAGAUGAACCGAUAACUGGUUAUAUCAAAGCUACAGUACAUGGAAUUGAUGGAUUGAAUGAGAAAAACAGUUAUCAUGUUCGUAUUGAAGUUGAUUCAUAUGGUCAAUAUGAAGAAGUAGCUUGUACACGUGUUUUACAACAAUGUAAUCCACAAUGGGAACAGUCAUUUGAUUUAGAGGUGGAUGGUGCAUGGACGAUAUGUUUUACAUUAUACAUUCAUCAAGAAAUGUUUGCAGAAUUAGACGUUCCUUUAGAUCUAGAAUUACUUAAAACCAAUUCACGAAUAGAUAUGAAGAUAUUAACGAAUGAAAAUCCUCCACGUAGUCUAACCUUUUCCGUAUCUUUGGAAUAUGUUGAUCAAGUAAAUCUUAAUAAAAAUAGACGGUCUGAAAUACGUGGGAAUCUAUUCGGACGUCAUUUAGCAGAGCUUAUAAGGGUUCCAAAUGAUAUCGAUAAGAAUGAGUGUACAAAAAAGCAUAAAUCUGAAGCUUUUAUACCCCGUUUUGUAAUCGCAUGUGUCGAAGAGAUUGAAAGGCGAGGUUUAUUAGUAGUUGGACUCUAUCGAUUAUGUGGUUCCAAUGAUAAUAUCAAGGCUUUAAAAAGUGAAUUUGAUGAAAGUUGUACUUUAGCUAUUCAAAGAUUACCGCUUGUUGAAUUACCGGUGAUUACUAGCUUAUUAAAACAGUUCUUUCAACAUUUACCAGAGAGUCUGGUUGAUUACACAGCUACUAUAGCUUUACUUCAAGCAGUUGAAAUUCCUGAUGAAUCCGUUCGUUGUCAACUCAUUGAAGACAUCCUUGUCGAUCUUCCCACCCCAAACCUGGAAACAUUCAAUUACUUAGCCAAUCAUUUAGUCACGGUAAGUAAUUAUAAAGCGCAAAAUAAAAUGGAUUUAGGCAAUCUUUCGUUAAUAUGGAGUUACACCUUGUUUGAAUGUUCAUCUAAAACCAUACCGUCUACUGAAAUGAAUGAACAAACUAAAAGCGGAUCUUCAUUGAAAUCAAACACAGCUGAAAUUCAAGCAGCUUUUAGUUUUCAACAGGCAAAAGUAUUAAACUGCAUCCUGACAUCAAUGAAAUCCGGAAAACUGACAAUACCAUCUCAUAGCAAUGUAAUUAGACCAGUAUAUUCAUAAAUUAUAAUAAACUUGAUCCUUUUUUAUCUACAAAGUUGAAUGUAUUUUUUAUUGUUCGUUUCAAUAUUUUUAUUUUGCUCAUAAAUAGGAAUCACAAGAGUUUUGAUACUUCUGCCAUUGCUUUCUUAAAAUCAAAAACUUACUUUAUAUCCUAUUGGUUAGAUGAAUAUCUAUUUCAACAAUGUUGUAGUAGAUUUAUUUACGGGAAAGUAGAUUAUUAAAUGUACGAUAUUAGUCCUAUAGAUAAAUAUAGGUGGAUAACCAUUUCUGAUGAGUAUCUGUCGAAGCUGAAACAAUUCGUUAUCUAUCAUGUCAUUAGAACAUGUUCGCCUAAUCCUUGAGGAUAAAGAGUAAGUCAAGUUUCUCUUUCUACUGAAUGGGACACAGCUAUAGAAAUUUGUACACUCCCCAUUGUAUAUGUAUAACCAUUUGGCCAUCUUUUCAACCGGACAUCAAGAAUCUUCGGUCACCUCUUCCUCCAAUGUAAAUUGAAUCGAGUGAUGACAAUCAUUGAAUUGAUUCAAAAAUUCAUCUUCUUCACAAAUAAUGGAAGUAUCAUUCAUAUAUCUCUGAUAUAAAUGAUAGGGACUUAACACCAAGACAACAUUCUGAUAAAGUGUCGACAUUUUAAAAGAAAACUUUUUAUGAAAAUAGAAUUUGAAUGAGAUGUAGAUGCCAAACUCUUGUAAAAAAACGGAUUUCAAAAGCCCUAAAUAAAAUGUUCUAUUCCGCUAAGCUCUGUAUUGAUUUCUCAAUCCGGCCUACAAUUUACAGAUGUGCUAAGGAUAAACUUCCGCUUUAGGCGAAAUCGAUGUUCAACUAGAAGUUUACUUGUUUCUAUGAGGCAGGAUACCUUGGACACACAAAGCGAUCAUUUUCUAAAUUCGUCUCAGAACAGUACCCGGUGUGGCUUUUAAGAGAAGAAUGGAAAACUAUUAUCAGUUCAAUAUAGGAACACCUAAUCAACUCUGAACACGUCGCUCUGAAGGAGUCUUCAUUCAAAACAAUCUCCACAAUCAAAUGAACUGGAUCGAAGGGAGGUCGAAUUAAAAACUUAUUCACAGUUGAGGCAUUGGUGAUCCACCAAUUCAAGCCUGUGUGCAAAAACGAUACGUCCAACCUGUCAUCCUCCCUUGGCCCUAAUUGUUCUCUAAACUCC